UCUCCUCUCAUUUCACACAUAUACAGAAUCUACAAAAUGGGAUUUUGUUUCUGUUUAUCCUCAGGAGGAUCAACAGAUGGAAACCAGAUUUAUGAGAUAAAAGAUUAUGGACAAGAAAAUGCAGUUUUACACUCUGAACAACACGAUCAUGUUCAUCAAGGCUUUGGCUCUGUCUCUUCUUUAGCUGGAGGAAAGGGCUACAAUCAAGAUGCUGCCGUUCUCCACCUGGGAUAUGGAACAGAAGGAGCGCUGUGUGGAGUGUUUGAUGGUCAUGGUGAGAAGGGUGAAUUGGUGAGCAAGAUAGUAAGAAACCAAUUGCCAUCUUUAUUGUCAGGUCAUAUGAAUAACCAUUCAGUGACUCGAGACUGGAAACUCAUUUUUGAAACUACGUUUUUGUUGAUGGACAAAAGAAUUCUUAAACUCAAAAACACCCUUGAUUGCUCUUCCUCUGGAACUACUGCUGUUCUCGCCGUUACACACGGAAAUCAAGUGAUGGUGGCAAAUCUAGGAGAUUCAAGGGCUGUGAUGAUUGGAACAAGUGAGAAUGGAGAAAUCAAGGUGGUUCAAUUAACCACAGACCUGAAGCCAAGUGUCCCUAGCGAAGCCGAGAGAAUAAGAAAACGCAACGGAAGGGUCUUGGCAUUAGAGUCAGAGCCACAUAUUCAAAGAGUAUGGCUUCCACAUGAAAACCGGCCCGGUCUAGCCAUGUCUAGGGCUUUGGGUGAUUUCGCUCUUAAAAGCUAUGGUGUCAUUGCGACUCCUCAAGUCUCUACGCAUCAAAUCACUUCUCGCGACCAGUUUUUGCUCCUUGCUUCCGAUGGGGUGUGGGAUGUACUUAGUAACGAAGAAGUGGCUGUGGUGGUGAUGAAGUCAGAGAAUGAGGCAGGAGCGGCCAACGCGGUGACAGAGGCGGCGGCUAAUGCAUGGAGACAGAAAUAUCCGACGGUUAAGGUUGAUGAUAUCUCUGUCGUAUGUCUCUUUCUCAACAAGAGGCUACAUCCGCAGCCACGUAUGUAAUCAAACAAACCAGCUAGCGAAAAACAAACAAAUAACGACUAAUCAAAGAGGGAUGCCACGAUUGCUUACGUACACUUCUGUGUUUUGCCUGUUAGUGUGAAUGUAUGCGUGUGUAUAUAUAUAUAAUAUUUGUAUGUUAAGUCGUGUGAUUAUUCAUUAGAAAAUAAAUGAUAGAUGAUGUUAGAAGUGGUGUGUGUCGUGGGAUAAACGUAACGAGGACUUUGACAUUUUGGA